GAGAUGGGAUCUUUGCUAGGCACGUCUGCCUGGCAGAUGCUCCUAAGAAAUUUGCACUUUUCCCUUUGGAGGUCAUAGAUUGUAAUUACUUACUAUACAGACCCAGCACGUGUGUCACAGUACAGAGGAGCUGCAUUUCACUCGCUGCCUUAACUCGCUGUAUAACUGUCUCUCUUCCUAACUGUGCAACAGCGCCUGUCUUUAAAAGAAUCCAUAACAUGUUGUAUACUGGGCAUUCAAGUGUGGUAUAUCGUGGGCAGCUAUUGGUCUGCAGUAUCGCGAUACUGCGCUGUCCCGGUGGCGGUAUGGAUCGUCUAAACUUUAAUACUUAACUGACGUUGUUGAGAAGUGUUGUUUGGUUUUCACCUUAUUUUGAGCUAAAGGAUUUAACUCCCAAAGUUUUCCCAAAUAAAGGGCGGAAAAUGCUAUUUUUAGGGGGGCGGAGGGGGGUCCCCUGCGAGCGUCACUUUCAAAUAAACUUCUGGAAUUAGUCACGGGAAUUCUCUCCAGCCUGCUUCAGCUUAUUAGCUUCUUCCAUUCCUUUUCUUUUUUUUCUCCGUGGGGACUGUUGUAUGUUAAAUUCUUCUUGUCCCAAUGAUGACACACUGAGAGCGAGAGGCUGAGAAACAGAGAGCGGCCGGGGCCGCUCAGAGAUGAAAUUGACUGAAGUUGCGCGCUAUUUGCUGGAGUUCCGUGGGUUGGUUUGAUAGUUACGUAGCGAUUAAAUUACAAACUAGCCGCUACUCGACAUGCAGCUGAAACUUUAAUUCAGUGACGCUUCCCCUUCGCGGUCCCUCCCGGGGUAAAGGAAGGUUUCGAAACUCAGCUGAAGAGCCACAAUCACAAUGGAGCAUUUCACGGUUUCCUCCUCAGAUUACCCGGGGGGGGGGUCACUUGGGGCUGAAUGUAGAGUGUAAGGAGGAAGAAAGGCUCUUUGACAAGGGUAGUUAUUCCUUCCUAAUUUACAGCCCUCCAGGCUCUGUGCUCCUGGCUCAGCGGCUGCAGUCUGGAGGAGUGUUGCAUGUUUGAAGGCGCAGAGAGUGUCUCUAGGUAACCGGCGGCUUUGGGGGAGGAGGGGACCCUGGGGCGCUCAGUGCAGUGGAAGAAGCGGCCUUGCAAGCGCUGGCCCAAGAGCAGGGAGGGAUGGAAAAGCCCGGGAGAAGAAGAGCAGAUGAGCGUUUGACACCCCGAGCGCUUCGCGGGGCAUGAUGGCAAAAAGCCCGGUUCGGAAGAGCGCCCCACGCUGAGUCCCGGCUCCAAACCCGGACCCGCAGACCGGCCCCAGCCAGCCCGCAUUCCGCCUCCUCCUGCAGCCUCCGCCGUCCAGACGACCAGCCCCACCAUUCAGCGAGCAAGAUACCCUCCAGAUAUGCCCUGUGUGCAAGCUCAGUAUAGCCCUUCACCUCCUGGUUCGAGUUAUGCAGCUCAGACCUACGCAUAUGGCUCAGAGUACAGCUCGGAGAUCAUGAAUCCUGACUACACCAAACUGACCAUGGACCUGAGCAGCACCGAGAUCACUGCCACCGCCACCACCUCCCUGCCCAGCUUCAGCACCUUCAUGGAGGGUUACUCUGGCAGCUAUGAGCUCAAGCCCUCCUGCCUGUACCAAAUGCAAUCUGCCUCCUCCAGCCAGAGGCCCCUCAUAAAAAUGGAAGACAGCCGGCUACAUAGUUACCACUCCUCACUGCCGCCCUCCACAGAUGAAGGGAUGCCCAGCACUUCCAUGUACUUCAAGCAGUCCCCGCCUUCCACGCCCACCACUCCCGGAUUCCCUUCUCACCAGGCCUCCAUGUGGGAUGAACCCCCACAUCCGCUGCAACCUGCACAGACCUGCAUGGCCCCCAGCCACCUGAUGGACUCUGCCCCUAUGAAGACUGUGCCCACCCGCUUCCCCCUCUUCCACUUCAAGCACUCGCCACCCCACACGCCUGCAGCUGGUGCCCACAUGUGCUAUGACCCUGCUGCCCUGAGCCUGCCUCUGGGAUCUGACAGACCCACUGCCGGUCAAACCACUAUGGAGAACCAUCCUUAUGGGCUCCCCCUGGCCAAAAGAGCAGCCGCCUUAGCCUUCUCGCCACUGGGCCUCAAUGCAGCCACUUCCAGCCUGUUGGGCGAGAGCAGUGGCAGCAGCAGUGGCCUGCCUUCCCCACCCAGCAGGAGCUCCUCGUCUGGAGAAGGCACUUGUGCUGUGUGUGGGGACAAUGCUGCCUGCCAACACUAUGGGGUACGGACGUGCGAGGGGUGCAAGGGCUUCUUUAAGAGAACAGUUCAGAAAAACGCAAAAUAUGUUUGUUUGGCAAAUAAAAACUGUCCAGUGGAUAAGAGACGUCGUAACAGAUGCCAGUACUGCCGCUUUCAGAAGUGUCUCAGUGUCGGCAUGGUUAAAGAAGUUGUCCGUACUGAUAGCCUGAAAGGGAGAAGAGGUCGUCUGCCUUCCAAACCAAAGAGCCCUUUACAGCAGGAACCUUCCCAGCCCUCCCCACCUUCUCCUCCAAUCAGUAUGAUGAAUGCCCUGGUCCGCGCUUUAACUGACUCCACACCCCGAGAGCUUGAUUAUUCCAGAUACUGUUCCACUGACCAGGCUGCUGCAGGCACAGAUGCAGAACAUGUACAACAGUUCUAUAAUCUUCUGACUGCCUCCAUUGACAUAUCCAGGGGCUGGGCGGAAAAAAUUCCAGGAUUUACUGAUCUCCCAAAGGAAGAUCAGACAUUACUCAUAGAAUCAGCUUUUUUGGAGCUGUUUGUACUAAGACUCUCCAUCAGAUCUGAUACUGCUGAAGAUAAGUUUGUAUUCUGCAAUGGACUUGUGCUUCAUAGACUUCAGUGCCUUCGUGGAUUUGGGGAGUGGCUCGAGUCAAUUAAAGACUUUUCAUUAAAUUUACAGAGCCUUAACCUUGAUAUCCCAGCCUUAGCAUGUUUAUCAGCUCUAAGUAUGAUUACAGAACGACAUGGAUUAAAAGAACCAAAGAAAGUGGAAGAGCUAUGCAACAAGAUCACUAGCAGCUUAAAAGAUCACUUAGCUUUCAGCUGCCAAAACAAAGGACAGCCACUUGAGUCUGCAGAGCCUAAGGUACUGGGUGUUCUUGCUGACUUGCGUUCUCUCUGCACACUGGGACUGCAGCGCAUCUUUUACCUGAAACUGGAAGAUUUGGUGCCACCCCCUUCCAUUAUUGACAAGUUGUUUCUGGAUACCCUACCUUUCUGAGUCUCAAAUUACCCUCAUGAAAGUCUAAUGCCCACCAGAGCAGGCAAAUGGAUUGUGACUUACUGCUAACAUUUCUGCGCUUACAUAACAGAAAAGCAACUCCAGCCCUAAAAUGAGGACUUUUCAGGCGCUUUUUCCUUACAAACUAAGGCCUAAAAUUUAACGACUUACUAUUUGGGGGUUGUGUUCUUGUUUUUGUUUAUUUUUUGUGUGAUUUGGGUUUUUUUACAAAUUGCUAAUAAGGCACUUUUGGACAAUGCUAUCUCAGCAGUAAAAGGUUAACAAGACUGUUUUAAAUCUAUUGUGUAACACCUCGUCAUAUAUGGAGAAUACAAAUGUAGAAGCUGUGUUUGAAAACAAGAACAACAAAUAGUUGUUUGCCAGGGUAGUAUGUGUUUUGUGAUGAUACCUUUAGCAUACUUCCUGUAUCAAGGGCACACAUCUUGGCACAAAGUAAACAAAAGUUCACUUUUUUUAACAAAGUACAUUCAACUGAAUAUUUCGUAUAAAUCAGAUAUAGCAAAAUGACAAUGGCUGUUAGCUCCCAUGUUCAAGUGCAAUUUUUUAAAGUGCUGUCUUACUAAGUCUUGUUUAUUAACUAAUUUAUUUUACUAUGAAAAUAAAAUCGAAGAAAUCAAGUGAGAAGAUUACAUGCACUAACUUACAUGACAAAGUUUCCCAAACUUGAAUCCAUGUAGUGUGACUUACUGACAAAUGUAUGUGGAAGACACAGGGACAAUUUGUGGUUCAGCUGAGCACUUGUUCCUUAGAUAAGGAAGUAAAAGUAAGUAGUGAUUGGAACGCACAGGGUCAGCAUCAGGGAUAGUUAAGUUUUAGAUUUAAUCUAGGUAACAAGUUAGUAAACAGACACAAGACGGUUCUGAAGAACAAGCAAGUCUUGUAAAAUAGUCUGAAUGUAAGAGCUAGGAAGGCUAUAGUGGGCUGCAUUUAAACAUUCCGUGUUCGUACUCCUUUUUUGUAUGUUUAUAUUGUUGAUGCCAUAUUAAUAUGAAAUAAUUUGUUGCAUAGUGUCUUUAUUUGUAUAAACGUUUGUAUGCAUGGUAUAUUGUAAUGGCUUUGCCUGUAUUUAUUGCAAUGACUGCCAGCUCAUGGGAGCCGUGUUACACAAAGUAACUAAAUGGGGUGUUCACACUGACUCAGAUACACCAGUUAGAGAACUAUAUAUAUAUACAUACAUACAUAUAUAUAUAUGCAUAUACAUAUACAUACAUAUAUAUGUGUGUGUGCGUGUGUGUGUGUAUAUAUGUGUGUGUGUCUUUUUAUUAACCAUUUGUAUAUAAAAUAUCUGUCACUUCACAAGCAAAAUUAUUUUACAGUUUAUUUGCAGUGACUUUUAAGGCAGUACUGUUUAGCACUUUGAUAUUAAAAUCUUUCUCAUGUUUUGCUAAAUUCAAAUAAUAUUUAAAGAUUUUAGUUCUAAAAAACUUUAUAUGCACUGUAUUAAGUCAAAAUUUUGUUGGUCAUUUUGCUAAGAAAAUUUUUUUGAAUGUCAACCUGAUGUCACUGUAUCUUUUGUUCGCUUUAAACGUUCUAGCUUUUUGUCCUUUUUUAAACUAUGCUGUUUAUAUGGAAAUUAAAUUAUACUAUCAAAGAGAUGCCAAAUGAAUUGCCUAAUUGCUGCAACAGAUAACCCAGAUAUCAAGUCAUUGUAUUCUUUUCAAGUAGUCAUCUGGUAUUUUAUCACUUAUUAUGUUUGGAUGUGCUUUUAUGAAAAUUAUUCUUAUAUCAAGAUUUCUAGUAGUAUCAAUAGGAAAACAGACUUCUAAUCAUUAUAGUCAAGAUUUCCAGUUUACCUGAAUAUUUGGAAACGUUUUGCUUUUAGUAUUGACUUGUAAGCUUAUGUGCAAACAUAAUAGUAUAAUUAAAUAUCAGAGAAGCUAACAUUUCUUGUAGGUUGGUGUCAGAUGCCUGAUCUGCAAGACAAAUGUAUUUUGACCUGAAUUUGAAAUUUUGUGUAUAAUUUGUAUAUACAAACGUGCACACACACACUAGACAUCCAAAAGUGUGUUUACUUCUGUCCCUUUGUGUAAAACAAAAGGCCUAAACACCUCUGAGGAUCUGGGCCAAGGUCCCUUGAGAAAUCAUCUUUAUUUCAGGACAAAUCCUGAAAGCUGCUGAGCACCCUCAGUUCCAUGCUGAGGACUUUCAGUGCUUCAUGGGACUGGUCCCUUGAAAAGUACUUUCACACAAAUCAGCAUAAUUUUUCUUGGAACAAGAUACGUUUAUUAGGAAGCAUGGUUUUGAUGGUAGCAGGUCCAGGGCCCUGUGUCAAGUCGCCAAUGUGCUUCAGUUUUCCAUAGCCGUUCUUUACUGUGAUACUCUCCAACAUCAUGUAAUCUGUGGAAUAUCCUUCACAUUUAUUUAAAUUCACCGAAUGGAUGUGUGCAGUAUGAUCUGUGACGGAACACGAGAGCAAAAGAAAGAAUUAAAGAAGAUUAGCCUGCUACUUUUAUUCAAGUUCUCUCAGUGUGAACAUGCCUUUUUGCAGGCUGAAUUCAGGAAUAUAUCAGCUGUUAAAGGAGAGUGCCUUGCUUUUAUUUCAGACAACGGAGUAUUUCAAAAGUUUCUCUGCUCUUCUAACAGCAGUGUGGGGUUUUUGGUUUUUUUGUUAAGCUGUGGGUUGAAAGAAAUGCUCUUGUACAUAUACAAUGUAAAUUAAAAACAAUUAAAUUGAAUAACAUUUUUUCAGAGGCCCCCCCGGUGUGUUUAAUAAAUAUGCUUAAUUCUGA